AUGACUAGAGGAAGAGUUCUGAAGAAAUUUAGAGGGCGUCCCUCUUAUGUGGUGAAUCAAACUAACUUUACGAAACGUAGAACUCACAGGCAUAAGAGGUCAACCGGCAAUUUCGCAGCAGGCGCGGCGGGUGGCGGGGUCGGGGCCCCGCGCUCCGCCCCCGCCACCCCGCUGCAGCUAGAACCUCAUCCGCCUCGCUCCACUAAACAUGACAAGUAA